GCCGGAGGCGGCGGCUGCCAGAGUCGGCUCAGCCUGCGCCGGGGAACAUCGGCCGCCUCCUGCUCCCGGCGCGGCCUGGCCCGGCUCGGCCGCCUCAGGGCCAAGGCGCUGGCCAACCCAGGAGAGACUAGGGCUGUGCCUUUAGGCCGCGCAAGUUCCCCCAGCUGGAACCGCCCGUCAGUGAGGGCCCCGCCCCUGUCCUGUGGCCUGUGCGUGGACUGCGGCCUCUGGUGCCCGCGUUGCAAGCACCCUGCCCAGCCCAAGCCACAGAGCCAGAGGAAGACKACCGCCUGCCCUGGCAGCCAUGAGGCCCCCGUGGUGUCCCCUGCACACGCCCUCCCUAGCUUCCCCACUCCUUUUCCUCCUCCUCUCUCUCCUGGGAGGAGGGGCCGGGGCUGAGGGCCGAGAGGACCCAGAACUGCUGGUAACUGUCCGUGGGGGUCGGCUGCGGGGCAUCCGCCUAAAGGCCCCUGGGGGCCCCGUCUCUGCUUUCCUGGGCAUCCCCUUUGCCGAGCCACCUGUGGGGCCCCGCCGCUUUCUACCACCGGAGCCCAAGCGGCCCUGGACAGGGGUGCUGGACGCUACGACCUUCCAGAGUGUCUGCUACCAAUAUGUGGACACCCUGUACCCUGGAUUUGAGGGCUCCGAGAUGUGGAACCCCAACCGUGAGCUAAGCGAGGACUGCCUCUACCUCAACGUGUGGACACCAUACCCCCGGCCUGCAUCCCCCACCCCUGUCCUUGUCUGGAUCUAUGGUGGUGGCUUCUACAGUGGGGCUUCCUCCUUGGACGUGUAUGAUGGCCGCUUUCUGGCACAGGUUGAGGGGACUGUGCUGGUGUCCAUGAACUACCGAGUGGGAGCCUUUGGCUUCUUAGCUCUGCCAGGGAGCCGAGAGGCCCCAGGCAACGUGGGUCUGCUGGAUCAGAGGCUAGCACUGCAGUGGGUGCAAGASAAUGUGGCAGCCUUUGGGGGUGACCCAACGUCGGUGACUCUGUUUGGGGAGAGUGCAGGCGCCGCCUCAGUGGGCAUGCACCUGCUGUCCCCACCCAGCAGGAGCCUCUUCCAUAGGGCUGUGCUGCAGAGCGGUGCACCCAAUGGACCCUGGGCCACUGUGGGCAUGGGGGAGGCCCGCCGCAGGGCCACACUGCUGGCCCGCCUCGUUGGCUGUCCCCCGGGGGGUUCUGGUGGCAAUGACACAGAGCUAGUAGCCUGCCUGCGGACACGGCCAGCUCAAGACCUGGUAGACCACGAGUGGCACGUGCUGCCCACGGAAAGUAUCUUCCGCUUUUCCUUCGUGCCUGUGGUGGACGGAGACUUCCUCAGUGACACGCCUGAGGCCCUCAUCAAUGCUGGAGAUUUCCACGGCCUGCAGGUGCUGGUGGGUGUGGUGAAGGAUGAGGGCUCCUAUUUUCUGGUUUAUGGGGUCCCAGGCUUCAGCAAAGACAACGAAUCUCUCAUCAGUCGGGCCCAGUUCCUGGCUGGGGUGCGGGUCGGGGUCCCCCAGGUGAGUGACCUGGCGGCCGAGGCUGUGGUCCUGCAUUACACAGACUGGCUGCACCCUGAGGACCCGGAGCGCCUGAGGGAAGCCAUGAGUGCCGUGGUGGGUGACCACAAUGUCGUGUGCCCUGCGGCUCAGCUAGCUGGGCGACUGGCAGCCCAGGGGGCCCGAGUCUAUGCCUACAUCUUUGAACACCGUGCCUCCACGCUCUCCUGGCCCCUCUGGAUGGGGGUGCCCCAUGGCUACGAGAUUGAGUUCAUCUUUGGGCUUCCCCUGGACCCCUCACUGAACUACACUGUCCAGGAAAGAAUCUUUGCCCAGCGGUUGAUGAGAUACUGGACCAACUUUGCCCGCACAGGGGACCCCAAUGACCCGCGCAACACCAAGGGCCCGCAGUGGCCACCAUACACUGCAGGUGCGCAGCAGUACGUGAGCCUCAAUCUGCGGCCGCUGGAGGUGCGGCGGGGACUGCGCGCCCAGGCCUGCGCCUUCUGGAACCGAUUUCUACCCAAAUUGCUCAGCGCCACUGACACGCUGGACGAAGCAGAGCGCCAGUGGAAGGCCGAGUUCCACCUCUGGAGCUCCUACAUGGUGCACUGGAAGAACCAGUUCGACCAUUACAGCAAGCAGGAUCGCUGCUCAGACCUGUGACUCCGGCGAGACCCCACGUCCCUCCGCCUCGCCCGGCCCCCUCGCUGUAUAUAUUAUUUAUUAAAGGGCUGGGAUAUAACAGACCAGCCCCAGUCCCUGCCCACCCGACCCCGAAUCCCCCCGGGGUUCCCCCUCCUCUGCAUGUCUCGGGCCGAGCUCCCUCCCCCGCGGUGCCUUCGCCCCUCUGGGCUGCCAAUAAACUGUUACAGCCA